AUGAAGGCUAUCAGACGUUCUCUCAAAGGGGAAAAGGAACCCAAACCCCACCACCUCUCCAUUACGCCAAAAUCCGCCAUUGCUAUUCUGCCUCCGAAAAAGGUCAUCAAAGCUCUUUACGACUACCAACCAGAGCCCGGGAACUCCCAGGAGUUGGCAUUCAGCAAGGGAGAUUUCUUUCACGUUAUCAGCAGGGAGGACGACUUGGAUUGGUACGAAGCGUGCAAUCCCCUCAUCCCUACUGCCAGGGGGUUGGUACCGGUGUCAUUCUUUGAGGUCAUUGGCAAGAACGAAAGAGACAGCGGUGGCUCCAUCGACCUUCAUAAGAAGAAAGAGCCUCACGACUCCGGUUUCUCAGAUCGAGCUCCCGCCGCCUUUCCUGCACCCGAUUUUGUCUCCCCGCCGAAGCAGCAGAACCCGCUCAGGAUGUCGGCUUUCGGAAAGGGCUCGAGCCCCAUGGUCUACGGCAUUGUACAAUACGACUUCCAGGCGGAGCGACCCGACGAGCUCGACGCAAAGGCCGGUGAAGCCAUCAUCGUCAUUGCCCAGUCUAACCCCGAAUGGUUCGUCGCUAAGCCCAUCGGUCGUCUGGGUGGUCCCGGUCUGAUCCCCGUAUCAUUUAUCGAACUACGCGAUAUGCAGUCGGGCCAGGCCGUCACAGAUCCCUUGGACGCCGUCCGGCGUGCCGGCGUGCCCAAGGUCGAGGAAUGGAAGAAAAUGACUGCCGAGUACAAGAACAGCAGUAUCACCCUAGGCAAGAUUGAUACGGUCGGAUCCCCCAUGCAAUCCGUCACCUCGGGCGUCGAAAAGAUGUCCGUUGGCCAUCAGAGCAUGGGCCAUCUGAGCCAGAACGGCAAUUCCUAUGGUUACCAUCACCGUAACGCCAGCAAAGGCUCGGUGGCGCCGCAACACAUGUCCCAACCCCCGCCGCAGAACUACCACCACCAAUCCCUCAUGGCUCCUGUAGCCGCGUCGAUCCCGCGGUAUUGCUUCGACAACGACAAGUACUGGUAUAUCAUCGAGGCCAAAAUGGAAGACGGUCGCUGCUGGGAGCUGUCUCGUUACUACCACGACUUUUACGACUUCCAGAUCGCCCUUCUGACUCAGUUUGAGGAAGAGGCUGGUAACCGAGGCAAAGCGCGAACGUUGCCCUUUAUGCCGGGCCCCGUCACGCACGUCACUGACGCGAUUUCCAACGGUCGACGACAGAACCUUGACGAGUACAUCAAGAAGCUCCUCUCUAUGCCGCCACACAUCGCCCGCUGUCAACUAGUCCGGCAACUUUUUGCUCCUCGAGCCGGCGAUUUCGAAAUCGACCCCAACGCUUUCGGAGAGGACGCGCGCUUUUCCGGCGGCUCCCACCACUCCUCGGUUCACGAGCCGUCGCGCAGCGCCUCCCGCCAGUCUUCCCAGGCUCAAUUGAGCGCAGAACGGGGAUCGCAUCAGCGGGGACAGCCGUCGUUGUCAGCCAGCAAUGGCGGUCCGCCCUCGAUGAACCGGCAACCGAGCUCGAUCACCCAAGUGUCCACCACCUCGAGUAGCGGCGCCAUGAAAGUCAAGGUGUUUUUCCAGGACGAUCUGAUCGCCAUCCGAGUCCCCAGCGACAUCAGUGUUCAGCAGCUCAAGGAGAAACUCAUGGAUCGCCUGAAGAUCCACGAAAGCAUGUCCGUGCAGUACAAGGAUGAGCCCUCCGGCACAUACGUCGAUCUGGUCAGCGACAACGACCUUGACACUGCCAUCCAACGAAACUCCAAACUUACCCUUUACGUCGGCCUCGUCUAA